AUGACUAGUCCUGCACAGUAGAUGUAGAAAUGCAGAGAGGGUAAGUUGAUCCUCUUCCGCCUCUUUCCCUUUCCUUCCCUCCACUCUUCCCCCCCGCCCAUUCCUGGCCAUUGGCACCGGCAAGAUGACCAACAUGCCUCGCCUCCGCCGGCUCAGCAUCAACCAGGAGCCCACCGACGGGCGCGACGAGGCUCUGCUAGCCGAGCAGGGCUACAAGCAAGAACUCAAGCGCGACUGGAGCUUGCUGCACAACUUCGGCGUCUCCUUCGCCAUCAUUUCCGUCGUCAGCGGCACGACGACUUUGUUCUCAUAUGGCCUUCACAGUGGUGGACCGGCCGUCAUGUCUGGCGGCUGGCUGGUUGUCAACUUCUUCACCAUGUUUGUCGGUCUGGGCAUGGCGGAGAUCACGAGUGCGCAUCCUACUAGCGGCGGACCUUACUUCUGGGCUGCCAUGUUGGCUCCUGACGAUGAUACGGCUGCUCUCCUCUCCUGGAUUACCGGCUGGUUCAACUUUGUCGGCCAGUUUGCUGUGACCACUGGCAUCACCUUUGGCCUCGCGACUCUGAUCGCCACCCUGGCCACCGUCAAGACCGAUUUCGCCGCCUCCCCAGGCCAAGUCAUUGGCAUAUACGCCGCCUUGCUAAUUAGCCAUGGCCUUAUCAACAGCUUUGGCGUGCACAUUCUCCGCUAUCUCAACAACUCGUCCAUCAUCUGCCAGAGUUUGGGUGUUGGGGCUCUCGCCAUAGCAGUCGUGGCCGCCGCGCCGAAACAUCAAUCCGGGGAGUUCGUCUUUGGGAAGUUUCAUGAUGGAACGGGCCCGGAUGGGGGACCGGGUUGGUCGAUUCGUGCGUCGCCGGAGUACGUGGCUUGUAUUGGUCUUUUGAUGGCCCAGUACACGAUCACAGGCUUCGACGCCAGCGCCCAUCUAUCAGAAGAAACCCGCAACGCAGCCUGGAGCGCCCCCAUCGGCGUCCUAACCUCCAUCGCCGUCUCGACAAUCUUCGGCUUCUUCCUCAUCAUCUGCAUGCUCUUCUCCAUCCAAGACUUCGACCGCACCGUCGCUGCCCCAGAACCCGUGCUGCAAAUCCUCAUCGACGUCUUCGGCGAAAAUGGCGCCAUAGUCCUCUUCACCCUCAUCAUAGUCUGCAUCUGGCACGCAGGCCUCUUCAGCCUGACAAGCAACAGCCGCAUGAUGUUCGCCUUUGCCCGCGACCGCGGCCUCCCCAAAUACUUCCACAAAGUCGACGAGCGCCACAAAUCGCCCAUCCGCACAAUCUGGCUCGCCGCAGCCCUAGCCUUCAUCCUCGCCCUCCCCUCCCUAGGCAGCAGCGUAGCCUUCGCCGCCGCAACCUCAAUCGCAACCAUAGGCCUCUACAUCUCCUACACGCUCCCCAUCCUCGAGGGCCUAAUUUUCCACCGACACUUCAAAAAGGGGCCCUUUGAUUUGGGCGUCUUCUCCCGCCCUGUAGCGCUCGUCGCGUGUUUGUACGUAGGCUUCAUCACCAUCAUCUUCUGCCUUCCGAACGAAACGCCGGUGACGUCGCAGACGCUGAACUACACGCCUGUUGCCGUGGGGAUUGUGCUGGUGUGGAUUUUCGCGACGUGGUUCCUGUCGGCGAGGAAGUGGUUUCGCGGGCCGAUUAGGCAGAUUCAGGCGGCGGAGUUGGGGAUUGAUAUUGAUGUCCCGGGGGAGAUCGAGCGGGCGGAGAUGGAGGGCAAGUUGCCUACCAAGGCGCUGGGGCAGGAGAAGAUGGAGCCGGUGGAGGAUUGAAGACGAUGAUUGUGUGAGACGAUUGAUUCGUAUUGCAUGAUUUCCCAAUGUAUACCCAUUUUUCCGGC